GCUUUGUAUGUGACUAUAUGUGUGUAUUCUCAGUGAAGUGUCAAAGAUAAUGUCUUCUGGUUUGAUAUUUGUAUAACAAAAAGGUGUUUUGUACAUCCUGACGGUGAACUUUUAAAUGUCAGUAAUGACUUUUGUGAUAAAGCUGGAUCAUUUGACACUGAUGGGCUAUUUGAAAACAUGUAAAUCUUAGAGGAUGACAAGUUAUUUUGGACAGGAAACUAAUUAAAUUUGUGUUGUUAAAUGGCAUAUAUAAGAUGAACAUAAGAAGUGUCUCAUUGGUGAAUAUUUUGAUGUUGAAGGAUGAUCUAUGUUGAUUUUAUAGAUCAAGAUUCAAUAAAAUGUUACAUACUUAGAACAUUUAUUUCAUAUUUAAAUGGUAUGUUAUAGAACACUGGAUUAUUUGAGAAAGAUCUGAGGAACACUUGAGUAAAUCUGAGGAGCAUUCACCAUAGAUCUGAAGGAACAUUUGAGAAACAUUUUAUGCAGAACUUUUGAACAUGUAAGAUAGAUCUGUGGAGCAUGUAAUAUAGAUCUGAACUAGUCACUUUAGAUAUAUCUAUGAAAAAACAAACUGAAAUAUAUUUAAGAAAGUAAGAAAUGAAGCAACCUCCAGAACUGCAUCCUCAACUUGAAAAACAUGCGCAGGACGUGAUAGCUAUGGAGCAGCCAAUAUUCUCCGUGCGCGCCCAUGUGUUCCAGAUCGACCCCGAGACGAAGAAGAACUGGCUGCCGUCCAGCAAGUCUGCUGUUCCUGUCUCGUACUACUAUGACAGCGCUCGCAACACGUACCGGAUCAUCAGUGUCGAGGGUUCGAAGGCAAUCAUUAACAGCACCAUCACGCCCAACAUGGCAUUCACAAAGACCUCUCAGAAGUUUGGCCAGUGGUCAGAUCCGCGGGCUAACACGGUGUACGGUUUGGGGUUUGGAACUGAGGCAGACCUCGCAAAGUUUGUUGAAAAGUUCAAGGAAGUGAAAGACCUGACCAGACAACAAAUGUCCCAAGGCCAGUCCCCACCCACGGUGAACGGACAGACAGACGACAGCCUGACAUCAUCAGCCACGCCCACUCCCCGUGAGACCCCGCCAAAUCGAGGCAUCUUUCACACGCGCAGCUCUAGUCUUACAUCUAUGAAAGACGCGAAUCAACAACCACCGUCAGCAGAACAAAAAGAGAAUGUGAAUCUCCGGGAACGACGUAACUCCUUCAACAAUCCGGGCAACAAUGCUAACGGCAACACCUCGCCAGAAAACCAGCUCAAGUACGAAAAUGAUCGACUGAAGCUGGCCUUAGCCCAAAGUUCUUCCAAUGCAAAGAAAUGGGAGGUUGAGCUACAAACCCUGAAAAACAACAAUGCACGGUUAACGGCAGCGUUGCAAGAAUCCACCUCCAAUGUUGAAGAGUGGAAGAAACAGCUGGCGGCAUACAAGGAUGAAACAGGCAGACUCAAGAAAAAGGUUUCGGAUCUGGAGCAGUCUGGUGGGAAUUCUGAGCAAGUGUCAGCAUUGGAGCUCGAACUUUCGGAAGCGAACGAUAGGGUGGAGACCCUGCAGCGCGACAACAAAUACAAGGAUCAGGAAGUAGAUCGGCUUCAACAGCGUCUUGCCGAAAUGCAGACAAGGGAAACAGCCAACGGGAAUUUGCAAGGCAAAUUAAAGGGCCUAGAAGAGGAGAACCGGACUUUACACCAGAAGGUACACGAUCUGCAGCAGCUACUGCAAGACUACAGGUCAUCUCAAGACCAGGAGAAGGCUGAGGUGGUACAAAUGCAAGACCAGCUAGGCAGCAAACUUACAGAACUUUACGAGUUUCAUGAACAAAUCAUGGCCACAUUGCGCAAAGAGUCCCAGUCCUAGUACUGCAUGCCACUGGCUACAAUGCUGAAGCAUUUUUAAUACACGUUUCCGGUUCAUGUCGCAGAGGCUAAGAUGAAGAAAUUACAGAGAAACUUUAGUUUGAAAUUCAGAUCUGAAUGAAAAUUCAAUGUGUUCAACAGAUCGGAUUUUACUGGCCAGGAUGGUUUGUUACAAGGAAGGAAAUGUAGUUGUGAUAAUAUUUGGACAAUGUGGUGUGGUGUUGCUGGUGGUUAUUUGGGACAAAGUUUGGUGGUGUUUUGCCCGAUUGGAGUUGAAUCCAAGGUUAUGAAUUUCUUUGCCAUUUUUGAAAGGUGUUAAGUAGGUAGAUGCAUUUAUGUAGGAGUAGGCCUUAUAUUCUAUGUUCUUCUUUCUUAGAGGUGAUGCAUAUUAAAGAGCCAUCUGCAGAGUAUUAUAGUAAAAGUAUAAUCUGAAAGUAUACUGUUUAUGAGACUUGCUCUUCCAAAAUAACACAUACAAUUUCAUGGUCAAGGCAUGGUAGAGAGAUCUGAAAAUGGCCAGUAUGCAAUGUCAGAAUAUAGGAAAAAUGAAUGACCAGAUACUUUAUCAGUAGAGGAAUUUGUUUUAUCAUUCACUAGCCUUUGCCUUAAAGGGACUUGUUCACAGAAACAAAAAUAAAAUGAAAGUAAGAAAAAAAGUUGACCUGCCUACUCUAGCCACAAACCCUUGGAGUAACAGGUUAUCAAUCAAACCACUCAGCUAUCAGUGCUGCUAUAGUGUACUGUGUAUUUUAAACUUUAUAUAAGCAAUUGACUGCAUUUCCGCAAAAUAUAACAGAACAGAACUUUCCAAAUUAUUCAAUUGUUUUUUUGUUUGAAUGUUUUUAAAUUUUAUCAAGUUCUAACAAUUUAUAUUAUUAAUUUGUAUACAAAAAAGUACUUUAAGGAUCAGUCUCCGUCGCAAACAUAGUUAAUUUAUUUUAUGAAUCUGACAAUGUUUGAAAAUUCUCAUGUUUACAAGCUGUGAACAUGCCCCAUUUACUUUGUUUACUAUAUUUUUCAUAAGGUCAGUUGCUGUAUUUUUUCUCAGCAAUUUUAUCAUUCUUCAGGUUUUUUUACUAAGAGUAUGCUACAUUUUGUUAAGUAUUAUGGACAUUUACAGGUAAGUUACUUUUAUUUGAUAUUAAUGAUAUUACAAUGUACAGCAUCAAGAGACAUUUGCCUUUUAUAUGCCAGUAAUUGAUGUAAUUUAUUUUGUUCUGCUCUCACUUGUUGAAUCUGCUGUUGCCAUGUCAAUAUUUUUAGUUAUUAUUCAUACAUUUUACCCUGGUUGCUAGAUAAAUUGUCAUAAUAUGAUGCACUAGAAAAUAAAUUACAUGUACUUCCAUAAAGGUUAAAAUGUACAUUAUCACGUGUUUAUUUUUUGCUGAGAGAUAUUGUUUUUAUUCACAUGAGUCUCAACUAUACAUUGUCCUGUUGGCCCUGAUUUGUUUGGUUACUUUCUGGAAGAUCAGUGUUUUCUUAAAAAAAAAUUUAAUCAGUUAUCCUACAGGGCAAGAAGCAUUUUUGAUUAUACUCUACAAAUUUUAUGUAAUGCAAACUUAUAUAAAAUGGUUAAGUACAACUUUGAAGUCAUGGAAGAAAAAUGUAAAUAUUUUAAGGUCAUUCUGAUAAAUUAAGUCAAUUUCUACAUUUGUAUUAGGUUGUGUUCUUAUUUGAUAACAGUUUGAUAUCACUAUUAUCCUCGUCCGUCCAGUUUUUAUUUUGAUAUUAGCUUAGCAUCAUUUCUCUUUAUUUGUGUACUUAAUAAUUCACUUAUAUUAUUCUCCAUAGUGGAAUUGUUUAGGUACAUUUUAGUGAUUUUGAACAGAAUAUAAUGUGACUUGAAGUUCGUAAAGCAUUUAACACAUCAUUGGCAUGAACAUUCAUUGAAGACUUUUCUUAUAGAUGUUAUCAAAUAUAAUGGAUAUCUUGCAUAUUGUAUGUUUACAAAUACAAGUUCAGUACAUUCAGCAAAUAAAGGCUGUGUUGCCUGUCAAGCUUAUAUCUUUUUUGUAUUUACUCCUUAUAAUAUUGCGCAAGUAUUUCUUGCAAAAGAUAUUCAUUAUCAUCUGGUGAGUUCUUAUUCUUAACUAUUGAUUGACAUUAGAUAUAAACGUAUCUGAACUAUCAGCAAAUCAACCUAUUGCAAAAACACUGUAACUUUUUAUACGUCUGGUGUUUCCAAAUUCCAAAGAAAAAAAUAAGAGCCAAUUCUGUUUUAUCAAUGCUAUUUUUAUGGUGCUUGACUGUUACAGAGUCAGACUUGUUUUAAUAUAGCACAUAUACAUGUAUUUGAUUGGGAACUGUUUAGAUGAUUUACAUCUCUAAGGUCACUUACAUUAUCUCCCAUUUUAUGUGAAUAGUUUACAUUUUUAACUUGUAUAUAUUUCACAUUUAACCUAUUUAAAAUAUCUAUGUGUUUAUGUAUAAUGCAUUUGUUUUGUUGGAUAUUAAUAUGAUACAUAAAUAUAAUAUGAUACAUAAAUAUUUUUAUAUUUAUAAUUAUGUACUAAUUACGGAAUAUAUUAAAUAACAGAAUAUACUUAACCCAUUUAUGCCUAGUGGACUCUCCCAUCCUUCUAAAUUGGAUAAAUUUAUUUCCAAAAUUAGGGAUUUCUAGUAUACUUAUUUCUAUAUUUAGAAUAUUUCUUACAGAAAUUCCUUUAAGCAAACAGCGCAAACCCUGAUGAGACGCCGCAUCAUGUGGCGUCUCAUCUGGGUCUGCGCUUUUUGCCAAGGCCUUUUUUCUAGACGCUAGGCAUAAAUGGGUUAAAUCACUACUUUAAAAAGCAAUAUCAUCAGAAGCAUUUAUUAAAAACAUUAUACAAAGUAUGUUUUGAUGGAAAGAUGAAAAGUUUCCAUUUUUCUUUUACAAUACUUGUACAAUGUCAAAAUGAGUUCAUAAAAAGUAAUCCCAAGAAUUAAUAACUUCUGCUUAGUGUGUUUAAACAAAUUUUUGAAAAAAAAGAUGUUAUAUAAGAAAUAGUCAGUAUUUAUAGUGGUUCAUUGAGUACUUAAUUAAGAUUUCUUUCGCAUGAUUUUGGAUUGAAAUGUUCUGAUAAUUGUGACUAAAUGACUGGAAAAAGUACUAAUACUAAAUGAAUACUGAGCAUUGAUUAUUUUGCAUAAAUGGAGUCAUGAUAACUUGUGACUUAAUGAAUAAUGAGUAUUGAUACUUGUGAUAAAAUUGAUGAAUAUUUAUUGAUAUGUGUGACUAAUUUGAUUAUUGCUUAAUGACACUUGUGAUGAAAUGAUUGAUUCAUAUUGAUACUUGCGGUUAAAUGGAUAAAUUAGUAUUGAUACUUACGAUUAAUUUUUUUUAUGAGUUCUGAUACUUGUGUAUAAAUGAAUUUGCGGAAGAUAUGUAUUGUUACUUUUGGUUUAAUAGUUAGUGAGUUUAUGAUGCACAUAUUUGUCAGUAACAGUUGUUUGUGAGUAACCAGUGAGUAAAUGGUACUUUCGUGUACACGUCAGAAAAAUGUUACUUAAUUUUUGUUAGUAAGUUUGGGACACUUAUUUGCAGUAUUUCUGUAUGUUUCCUAUUACAUGAAUCUUUUUGUUACGGAUAUCUGUAUAUAGUUAUAAGAUAAAUGUGAUGUUUUGAUAUAUCGUAUAUAUAUAUAUUAACCUGUAUGUAUAUUAUUAUAAUACACAUGUCACAACAUGUUACUAUGCAAAAUAGGGUGGCCAACUUGGCACCUGGUAAUAAACUGUAAACUCAAA